UCGGGUCUGUUCCCGAGCGGCCCAGACAGUGUCCAGGUUGAUGCUGGCGCGGCCGCUCAGGUCCCGCGCCCCCCGCCCGCGUCUGCGGCUGCGCGGCCGGCCCGGGAGGGGGCGCGGCGGGCGGCUGGGAGCGGGGCCGCGAGCGGCAUGUCUCGCUACACCAGGCCCCCCAACACCUCCCUGUUCGUCAGGAACGUCGCCGACGCCACUAGGCCUGAGGACCUACGCCGAGAGUUUGGUCGGUACGGCCCCAUAGUCGACGUUUACAUCCCGCUUGACUUCUACACUCGCCGCCCCCGAGGGUUCGCCUAUGUUCAAUAUCCUCUACUGUACCUGCUCAUGUUUGAAGAUGUUCGAGAUGCUGAAGAUGCACUCUAUAACCUCAAUAGGAAGUGGGUCUGUGGCCGGCAAAUCGAGAUACAGUUUGCACAAGGUGAUCGCAAAACACCCGGGCAAAUGAAGUCCAAGGAACGCCACCUGUGCUCGCCAAGUGACCACAGGAGAUCCAGAAGCCCCAGCCAGAGGAGGUCUCGAAGUCGAAGUUCAUCGUGGGGCAGAGACCGAAGGCACUCAGACAGCCUGAAAGAGUCUCGACACAGGCGAUCUUCCUACAGUCAGUCUAAAUCCCGCUCCAAAUCACUACCAAGGCAGUCUACCUCAGCAAGGCAGUCGCGAACACCGAGAAGGAAUUCUGGAUCUAGAGGCCGGUCAAGAUCCAAGUCCUUACCGAAAAGGUCCAAGUCAAUAGAAAAAUCAGAGUCACGCUCACCCCCAAAGCAGACUGGCUCAGGAGCAAAAUCCAGACCACAUGGACGGCACUGUGAUUCCAUCGCGAGAUCCCCAUGCAAGUCUCCUAGAGGAUACACCAGCUCCGGAACCAAGACACAGACAGCAAAACAUUCUCACUUUCCGUCGCACUCCAGAUCACGGGGUUACCACCAUAAAAACAGUUGGUGAACAGCUGCUUCCGGAAGAGCCACCGCGCUCUGCUAUGAGUUAUUAGACCUCGUUUUGGUUAAAAUUCCUCAAGGCUUAUAGAAAUGGGAACUGGUGUUAGUUACCUUGGCCAUGUGGAAGGAAUACAAUCGCCCUAGCUUUGACUAAUAAGUAUUUGAUCUCAAUUUAAGGGCUCACCCACAAGUCACCAUGGCCACCACUGCGUAGGCUGUACUUGGUUCACGUUGUAGCAAGGGGGUACUUCCCAAAGGAAAGAGGCAAGAUCCAGUAUAAAAAUUCUACUUAGAUAUGAAAUACUAUCAAUAAUAUUCUUUACAAAAGUAUUUUUUACUCUAAAACACUUUUCACAUAAAAAGUAAUUGUGAUUAUAUGUAAUUGCAUAGGCCAGACUUAAACUGUUUGACACCUGUGUCUUUCUUGUGACUUCUGUUUAAGCUUGGGCCAAUUCUUGGUAGGCAUUAGUUCAAAUUACAGCAUUCUGAAAUCUUAAAAGAAAAAAUUUAUAUAGAUUCUGCAGCGGUUCAAAAGAUAGUUAAAAGAUGUUUAAAAGAUAAAGAACCUUUCAUUGCUUUUGAAUACAGCAGCAUAGACCAGUUGGCAUGAAAUGAUAUCCAUGUUUGCUUAAAAUACGAAAACAAAGCUGGGUAUGGUGGCACAUGCCUGCAAUCCCAGCGCUUGGGAGAUGAGGCCAGAGGGUCAAACCCGCAUGGACUAGGCUACACGAGACUCUGUCUAGAAAUAAAUAAACAGAUGCUUUUUUAAAAAGGCGAAACCAUUUUAGAAGUACUAGAUUUUGAAUGGUUUGAGACUACUCUAGAAAUUAUGGUGUGGAACACUCAGAAUCCACAAAUACUCAUAUUAAGCCUUACAUAGUUGAAGUACAGUACAUUUUGUAUAAAUUCACAUUUAUACCAUUAUUUCUAUAUAGCUAUUUUCAUCUGCAUUUUUCUUUUUAGAGCUCUAGUUCAAUAUCCUAAUUAUAUACAAAGUCUUUUUAAAGAAAAGAAUUAAACACAUAGUACAUUAUAUUAAGAAAUGCUAGCCAAUGAGAUGGCUCGGUGAGUAAAUCCACUCACCAUCCACACCUGGCCACCCGAGUACAAGCUGGGUAACUUGAGUUCAGUUCCUGAACCCACUCAAAAGUGGAAGAGAACUGGCUCCUGCAAAGUAUCUCUGACUUCCACACUGUGCAAUGGCCUGUGUGUGCACGCACACACACACACACACACACACACACACACAGAAAGAAAAAGAUCUUCAUAAAAACAGUUUUGCAGUGAGGCAUUUGACUUUUACAUUAUGCUACUCUACAUCUUAAAAACCAAAUAACUUUGUUGACAGUUACUGCUUUUGUAGUUGUUAUUACUUAGAAUUUCUUUUACCAUGUCAUUGAGGUUUACAUUUCAGAGGGUUUUGCAGAUUUGUGAUAGAAUGGUUUGCAUCUGAUUGUCAUAGGAGAUAUGUUUACAGAUUAGCUUUGUUGAAUCACAUUGCUGAAACACACUGUCAGCCCUUACAGCUAAUAUGUAUGCCUGGAAUACCUAAGAAACCUGUCUUACAUUUUCAGUAUUUGGAGCUAUGUUGCUUCUAUUAAUUUCCAAUAUAGAGUUCCAUAGUCUUUGCAUUUUAAAUCCUUUAUGUGAGAAAAACUUCACAAAAUAAUUUGUACAUUGGUGAUACUUGGAGAAGUAACGCAAAUUAAUGUAUAUUAUACUCUCUGGAUAUAUUUUGUCUAUUUAACCAUAGCAACAUUUAUUUAUUUCCAAACUUCACUCUGAUGUUCCUCUGUAAUAA